GUAAAGGAAACUAAAUCCAGCCGGUUGCAAAGGGUACAAGUGACAACGACGAGCAACGCUACUGUCUUCUGAACGGCCAUGGCUCACGUCGCAGCUUUCCCAUGUUUUAGCAGCGUCGUUAUAGCCGCCCGCCAGCGACAAAAUGGAGGAGAGAACAGUACAACAAGAAGGCAGCAGCAACAGCUGAAAACAUCGGGAGGAAGCACCAAGAAAGGUUUCGGCGGCGAGAGGAAGGAGCUUUCAUGGAAAUGCGUAGAGGGUUGCGGUGCGUGCUGCAAGCUGGCCAAGGGCCCCUCUUUUGCCACUCCUGAAGAAAUCUUCUCCAAUCCUUCCGAUGUCGAGCUGUAUAGAAGCUUAAUAGGCCCGGAUGGAUGGUGUAUACACUACGAGAAAAGCACCCGCAAGUGCUCUAUAUACGCAGAUCGGCCAUACUUUUGCCGAGUCGAGGUUGAUGUGUUCGAGUCCUUGUAUGGCAUCGACAAGAAGAAAUUCAAUAAAGAGGCUUGCAGCUCUUGUAGAGACACGAUCAAGGCGAUUUAUGGUUUCGAUUCAAAAGAAUUGGAUAACUUCAACCAGUCACUGAAGAAGUGAAAAUUGUUGCUUACAUAAUCCAUGCUCUGUUAGCUUCCAAUUCGUGUAAAAUGCAACAUCA